GAUUCUUAAGAACGUGCAUGAAGUGAGCAAAUGAGAUAGAAACAUGGCAUUAUUGAUUAUAAUGAUUACCUGCUUUGUGAUUAUUCUUGCUACUUCCCAGCCUUGCCAGAGCCCUGAUGACUUUGUGGCUGCCACUUCUCCAGGGCAUAUUAUGAUUGGAGGUUUGUUUGACAUUCAUGAAAAAAUGCUGUUCUCAGAAGACUAUCCUAGACGACCAGAAAUCCAGAAGUGUGUUGGCUUUGAAAUAUCAAUUUUUCUUCAAACUCUUGCUAUGAUACACAGCAUCGAGAUGAUCAAUAAUUCAACACUUUUAUCUGGAGUCAAACUGGGGUACGAAAUCUAUGACACUUGUUCAGAAGUCACAGUGGCAAUGGCAGCUGCUCUGCGAUUUCUUUCUAAGUUCAACUGCUCCAGAGAAAUUGUGGAGUUUAAAUGUGACUAUUCCACCUACAUGCCAAGGGUUAAGGCUGUCAUAGGGGCUGGCUACUCAGAAAUAAGCAUGGCUGUCUCCAGGAUGUUGAAUUUACAGCUCAUGCCGCAGGUGAGUUACGAAUCAACUGCAGAAAUCCUAAGCGACAAAAUUCGUUUUCCUUCAUUUUUACGGACUGUGCCCAGCGACUUCUAUCAAACUAAAGCAAUGGCCCACCUGAUUCGGAAAUCUGGAUGGAACUGGAUUGGCAUCAUAACCACAGAUGAUGACUAUGGACGAUUAGCUCUCAACACUUUUGCAAUUCAGACUGCAGCAAAUAACGUGUGCAUAGCCUUCAAAGAAGUUCUCCCAGUCUUCCUCUCAGAUAAUACCAUUGAAGUCAGGAUCAAUCAGACACUUGAGAAAAUCAUAGCAGAAGUCCACGUUAAUGUCAUUGUGGUAUUUCUGAGGCAAUUCCAUGUUUUUGAACUCUUUAGUAAAGCCAUCGAGAGGAAUAUAAAUAAGGUCUGGAUUGCUAGUGAUAAUUGGUCAACAGCCACCAAGAUUACCAGCAUCCCUAAUGUUAAAAAGAUUGGCAAAAUUAUAGGGUUUACUUUUAGAAGAGGAAAUAUGUCCUCUUUCCAGUCCUUUCUUCAAAAUCUGCAUAUGUUUCCCAAUGAUAAUAACAAACCCUUAAAUGAAUAUACCAUGCUCUUGUCUGCCUGUGCAUAUGCCAAGGACAGUGAUUUGAGUCAAUGCAUUUCCAACCAUUCUCAGGGGACUUUGGCCUACAAGGCUAAUAAGGAUAGAGAAAGGAAUUUCUUCCUGAGAAAUGACUUCCUGUGGGAUUACGCUGAGCCGGGACUUAUUCACAGUAUUCAGCUCGCGGUGUUUGCCCUUGGUUAUGCCCUUCGGGAUUUGUGCCAAGCUCGAGACUGUCAGAACCCCAGUGCCUUUCAACCAUGGGAGUUACUUGCGGUACUGAAAAAUGUGACAUUCACUGAUGGAGGGAACUCAUUUCAUUUUGAUGCCCAUGGGGAUAUGAAUACUGGAUAUGACGUUGUACUCUGGAAGGAGAUCAAUGGCCACAUGACUGUCACAAAGAUGGCACAAUAUGACCUAAAGAAGGAUGUCUUUAUCAUUACAGACCAGGAAACAAGAAACGAGUUCAGGAAUCUUAAGCAAAUUCGAUCCAAAUGCUCCACAGAAUGCAGUCCUGGGCAAAUGAAGAAAACUAUGAGAAGUCAACAUAUCUGCUGCUAUGAAUGUGUGAACUGUCCUGAAAAUCACUAUAGUAAUCAGACAGAUAUGGAUCACUGCCUUUUAUGCAACAACGAAACACAUUGGGCCCCUGUAAGGAGCACGAUGUGCUUUGAAAAGGAAGUGGAGUAUCUCAACUGGAAUGACUCCUUGGCUCUCCUGCUCCUGGCCCUCUCCCUGAUGGGAAUCAUGUUUGUUCUGGCCAUUGGCAUAAUAUUUACAAGAAAUCUGAACACACCCAUUGUGAAAUCGUCUGGUGGAUUAGUGAUCUGCUACGUGAUCCUCCUCUGUCAUUUCCUCAACUUUGCCAGCACAGGCUUUUUCGUUGGAGAACCACAAGACUUCACAUGUAAAACCCAGCAGACGCUAUUUGGCGUGAGUUUCACUCUCUGCAUCUCCUGCAUUUUGACAAAGUCCCUGAAAAUUUUGCUAGCCUUUAGUUUCGAUCCCAAGUUGCAGAACUUCCUGAAGUGCCUCUAUAAACCGAUCCCGAUCAUCUUCACCUGUACAGGUAUCCAGGUUGUCAUUUGCACACUCUGGCUAAUCUUUGCAGCUCCUACUGUGAAAGAGAAUGUCUCCUUGCCCAGAGUCAUUAUCCUGGAAUGUGAAGAGGGAUCCAUCCUUGCCUUUGGCAUCAUGCUGGCCUAUAUUGCCGUCCUGGCCUUCAUUUGUUUCAUAUUUGCCUUCAAGGGCAGGAAAUUACCUGAGAAUUACAAUGAAGCCAAAUUCAUAACAUUUGGCAUGCUCAUUUACUUCAUAGCUUGGAUCACGUUCAUCCCUGUCUAUGCUACCACAUUUGGCAAAUAUUUGCCAGCUGUGGAGAUUAUUGUUAUUUUAAUAUCUAACUAUGGGAUCCUAUGCUGCACAUUCUUUCCCAAAUGUUAUGUUAUUCUUUGCAAGCAAGAGACUAACACAAAAUCUGCCUUUCUCAAGACAAUUUACAGUUACUCUUCCCACAGUGCAGGCAGCCUUGCCAUGAGUCAUGUUUCACUGGACUCCACUAAAAGCAAUACCACAAUGAACAAUCCCAGCUCUGGUGGCAAGUCUGCAGACUGUCAGAAAAGCAAAGAUAUCCAAACACUCGCACACAUAUGCAAGGCAAAUGCUACGAGUGUUUCUAAAACUUGGUCUCGAAAAAAAUUUUCAAGUAUAUAAACAAGUCCUUAAGAAAUGGCACAUUCCAGAAUAAAAU